AUGCCGUUGAUCAGCGAUCUGUUGGAAGAUCUGGAUAAAGCUCUAUGGUACUGUUCGCUAGACAUGGCUAGUGGAUUUUGGGUCGUCGAAAUGACUGAACGAGCAAAACUGAUCUCAGCGUUUGUCACACCGUUUGGCUUGUUCGAGUGGCUGCGAAUGCCUUUUGGGCUUAAGAACGCGCCCCAGAUCUACCAACGUCUGGUGGACAAUGCGUUGUAUGGAUAUCUCAAGAUCGGCCAGAGAUCAGCUUCUGAUGGCCCGAUCGACGUGUUCAAAGAUGGAGAACCUGAGACAGAUCGACGACCGUCUAUACUGGGACGCCGAUCUUACAUUGACGAUAUUCUCAUACCAGCCACGUCAUGGGGAUCUUUGUACACAAAAGUAGAACGGUUGCUGGAGGCAUGUGAUAAGUGGAAUCUGUCUAUCAGCCUCACGAAGAGCUUUUGGGGGUGCCAUAAGGUCGAUUAUUUGGGACAUCGAGUGUCGAUGGAUGGUCUGGAGAGCUCAGCCCAAGAACCUAGAGUCGUUGGUUAA